CAAUGAACCCGCAUCCGAGUCAACAGCUAGCUCAUUAUGCAUUAUGAUUGAAGAGUAUGAUAGGGCUGUCCUCUUCUCGUACCACCAUAAUCAUGCGUCAGGAUGAUGAAGAGACUCCUCUUCUGCAACAGCCGAUAGUCAAAACACCUUUGCCCUGGGAUCAAUUCUGGAUUAUAUUGUUCUUGCAGUUUCCAGACUCGCUUGUUUUUCAGACCCUUGCGCCAUUUACCCCGCAACUGAUAAGAGACAUUGGUGUGACGAACGGAAACGAAUCUCAGGUCGGACACUAUGUUGGCAUCCUGCAAUCAUCAUAUUACACAGCUCAAGCACUGACUAUCCUCUAUUGGAGUCAACUGUCUGAUCACAUUGGGCGGAAGCCUUUGAUAUUGACUGCUCUGUUCGCGAUAGCAGUUUCGAUGUUCUCGUUCGGGCUGUCGAAAACAUUUGUUGGUCUGGUGGUCAGUCGUAUUUUCUGCGGGGCAUUCAAUGGGAGCAAUGGCAUCGUCAAAAGCAUGGUGAUGGACAUUACUGACGCAACCAACUUGCCGAAGGCAUUCGGCUAUAUGCCGUUCCCAUGGAUGUUAGGGGCCAUAGUUGGACCACUCAUCGGAGGAUCCCUCUCGCGACCCGCAGAUAGGUUCCCUGAAAUCUUUGGGCGAUCGGAACUUCUGAAAACCUACCCAUACCUCUUACCAUGCGUUGUUCCAGCUAUGUUUGCCUCGGCGGCUUGGCUAGUCACAUAUUCGAGAUUCAGAGAGAGCGUUUCAACAAGAGCACCACUUCUGAGACUGAUCAAAGGAUGGUUCUCGCAACAGUCCGAUCCAAAUUUUCCCGUGCCAUCGAACAAUGCUUUACCCAGUUCUGCGGAAGUAAACUCUGAUGAAGUUUCAUUAAAGCCACUUCCAUUGCGUGCCUCGCUAACGCCAAGAGUCCUGACUGUAACAGCAAGCUAUGUCACCAUGGCUGUACUUUAUAUGGCGUUUAACUCGAUCCUUCCUCUGUUCUAUGCGACACCCAUUGAACUCGGUGGUCUUUCCCUUGAUCCUCCCCUCAUCGGUGCUAUACUGUCGGUAUCAGGUAUCGCCCAUGGUGCAUUCCAGCUACUUUUCUACGCCCGUCUACAUGAUCGCUUUGGUGCAGGAACCAUUCAUACCACUGGUGUCAGCUCUGGCAUACCUACCAUCAUUUUAUUCCCAGUGAUCAAUGCUCUAGCCCGAGUCCAGGGAAUGAGUUUGGCGGUGUGGUUGUGUGUUGCCGCACAACAUGUGCUUAUGACUAGCUUGAUGAUGUGCAAUCCUUGCUUGGCAUUGUUCAUCAGAGCAGCUGCUCCCAAUCGCGCCUCGCUUGGGGCAACCAAUGGAAUUACCCAGAUGGUUGCCGCAGGAGCAAGGAUGAUUGCCCCAGCAUCUGCGACUUCGGUUUUCUCUUAUUCGAUGCAGGAAGGUCAUGAUGCGUGGCUGGUGUACUACUUCCUGAUGGUAAUUGCAUUUCUCGCUAUGAGUACUGCUGUAUUGCUUCCUCGUGAUCCUAGUGCGUGGGAAAAUCGCUAGUAGUGUAACUGAGAACGACCUGCAUGUUAUCCGUUUUCAGCCAUGUUAUUAUCCGAUAUAUGUAUCAACACACUUGUUUUACGAAUGGCUGAGCUCCUGGACUCCUCUUUUAUUCGUAACCUGUCUUU